UUUAUUUGCUUUGUUCGUAGCUCGGUGAAUUCUUUCCGACAUGAAUCGUGUCAAAAGGACAUGCGUAUACAAGGAUUGCAACGUAAACAGUCGCAGUGAUCCACACCGUACACUGUUCCAAUUUCCCAAAGACGAAGAGCGAGCAAAGAAAUGGCGUGAGGCUGGUUGUGUCGAUCCCAUUGAGAACGGCACACCAUUCAUGUGUGACAAACAUUUUUCUCGUAUCUAUGUAUGCUUCAGUUCUCGACGAAAGAUACUGCUUAAUACCGCAGUUCCUAUACCGUACGGUUCUGAGGAAAAUGACGAGGCAGAACCGGAACAAGUGCAAAGUUCGUCGUUAGACGUUGAUGAUAUAACGAUAGAAGAGCAUUUGGAUGAAAGCUUGAUAGAAGUGAGCGAAGGAACUCUUACAGAGAUUAUCUACGUGGAUCAAAUGAAAGAUGAUGAACCUGAGACAAACACUCCCAAACGUAAAGGUUCGCAACACUCCAGCACAACACUGAAAAUUGCCAAAAUAGAGAAACUCGUAGCUCCAGGAACGUCCACCAUGGUUUCUUCAUCUACUCCUACUGGUGUAAUCCUCAACAGUACUCUAAAAAAGCAAUCACCUCCCAUGGGUUCGAUUCUUCGCAAAGUCAAACUAAAGAAGCGGCCAACAAUUGUUCCGUUUGAUGCCUGUACUAAGUCCGUUCAAAAUAUGAAAACAGCUAUCGACCCGCUACUGCAAGUCUCGAAAGAACCAGCCGAAACGACCGUCAGUUCUUCACCGGAAAAACAGAUCUCUGUCCUAAAAUCAUCACCAAAACUAACGGUCUCCGGAGCAGCAUUCAGUAGCAGGUCUGCCAAAUCCAAAAUCGUCGAAGAAGAUCAACAAUCAUGCAGUAGCCGUAGCCAGGAACCCAACGUGACAGAGAAUAAAAACGAAUCGAUAUACGAGUUCAUUUUCAAAGGCGAAGAGUAUAUUCAAAUGCCUAAAGCCAUGUACCACGAGGAGCGGAAUGAGCUGGUAAACCGGCUGACCCAAUCACAAGCGGAAGCUUCUGGGCUGCUGAAAAAGCUAGACUACUAUCGCCAAGUGGUAAAAGAUCUGAAGGAGUUUUUGGACGCUUUGCAAGAGGAGAAGUACGAGUGAAUGCAAAAAACUGUGGGCGGCCACUUCGGUUGCCAGAAGUCUCUUUUCAUCGAUCAGGUAUCCGUUUCUGAGCAAUACAGAUUUUAAAAACUACCCGAUUUUGUCUGAAACAGAAACAGGUAAAAGUUAAUCGAUUUGAUAUUUGCUGUAAGUAAAUUCAUCUAGUGUUAAAUCAUUCGGUAAUGUAUCAUUUUACAACGAACUUAGUUAACGUGUUUAACCCCAAUACACAUGAUAUGACAACAAGCACGUAGCUCGUUUAUUU